AUGGCAGUUCGAUUCAAGGCCUUGGCACCAUUGGCAUUGGAAUGGAUGCAUUUCUGGAUGUAUGGGAUGAUGUCGAUGUCGAUGUCGACGUCGAGAGGAACAGAGCAAGCCCAAGUUGCGGUCGCCUCGAACGGCCUGUUCAUUGACUUCAUGUUCCCAAAUCCGCAGGUUGACAGAUGGUAUCGAUCUUGGAAUGAAUUCAGGCACAGCCGCCUGUUCACUGAGAUAGCAAUCUCAUGCCAGACGCCAACGAGGCUCAUUCCAUGGGAUGAUUACGGUGAUCCAAUGGACAUCGACACGGAGCCUGAAACAGAUCAGCCUUUGACCAGAAACAAUGACACUGGCUCAGGUCGGCAGAUGGAUGUCGACGACACCACUCAUCCUGAGGAGGAGAUGACCUACACCAAUAGAGUACCCAUCCCGGGAUCUCAUCCAGAGCUGUACAAAGAGCUUUUAAGCACUACCCUCCCCGUCUCCGACCUAGAUUUACUCCCCUACCGCCUGCUCACUUGCACGCAUGUCUAUAAGCCAUGGUUGCUGACUAAUGUCCGAUGGCAAAUGGACCUUGCCAAAUGGCAAGAGACGGAGGGACAGCGUCGAUCGGAGGCCGAUAUGGAGCAUACCCACGCAGACCAACGCGGAUUCGUCAUCAGCAGCGGGGGUUUCAGCGUCGCGGCGGCGCUGGCGCUUCGUACCGAAGAGAAACAACAAGCUGCUGCGCGUGAACGUGACGAGCGAGAGAAGGCCCAGCUGAAGAAGCAGAUCAAGGAUCAGCGCGAAGCUCUGAGGAAGUUCCUGGCAAACCGAUGCGUAUCAUUUGCGGCGGAGGCACACUUUUCAAGGAUCGCUUCGAACAAACCCCAAAAUGCUCUCAUUGGUGCGCCUCAGGUCUCCCGCGCCAUGUUUCCUCACUACCAACGAAUCGAUACUGGCGUACUGGUUCCCGGAGCCAACGAUACCACCGGUCUCCAGUCAGUCUUUCUCGACAUACUUGCGACAGGGCCACUGGAUCGGGCGCCUUCGCCAGCAUGGUCAACCGGGUCUGCCCAGCUGCCUCGGCCGCAGAAGGCCAAGACAUAG